AUGAGGACCAAGAAGAGAGGUAACCAGGGGCCUCCCUCCGAGACUGACUACGAGAUUCUUCAUUUGAAGCGAGCUAUUGUGGCGCUUAAUGCAGGGGAACAUUCUUGCGACAAAUGCAUCGGUAUAUUGGUCAAGCCACUUCCAGAGCCUUUCCAGCGCGCUUUUACGAAGUCGAAAGACUAUUUCCGGCUCGACGUGACUACCAGUAAGGUCCAACAGAUGGCAGCAUCCGGGUGCGCUUUCUGGACCAUGAUCCAAGAGCGCCUGGAGUUCGAAGCGUUUAAGGUGGUGCUGGAGCAGCAAUGCAGCAAAGUUGAGUACAACCUUCAGAAGCAUGACGGGCGUUGGUCAAACGUGCACUACGAAGCCCUCGCAGCCUCUAUGGGAGAAGAUAAGGUGAAGGAGUAUCAACGACUAUGUCAAGUCAUGAGGAAACUACCCUGGCGGUCCGCAUCACGCGACGACGAAUCGGUCGGGGCAGUUGCCGCAGAUGUAGCAGAAGACUUCGUGAGAAUCCUGUUGGCUUACACAAAUAUCGACGAUGACAACCCGGGGGACUAUGACGACCAGUCAGCAAAAGUUGAUGUUAACAUCAUUAUGCGGCCUAACCCAGCCGGAGAACGAUUCAAGAGUGUGCGAUGGAUUUCAUUUUGGGUGUCGUUCUUUGCCUUGGGACUUCCAGGCAAAACGAUAUUAGGAGACUUCGGAGAUGCCAGACAGACUUACGUCGGCUCUCCAUCGAACACAACACCGGAAAGCUUGGGAUCGAUGUCUCUGAUUCAGAGUUGGCUGAGGAAAUGCGAGAUUGACCACAAAUGUGGUAUCAAGGAUCGACCCUCCUCUAUGCCAUCGUUUCUCCUGGAUGUUUCCUGCAAACAAAAGGUCAAGCUGGUCUCAGUCACCCAAGACAUGAGGGAGCGAUACAUUGCGCUGUCGUACUGCUGGGGAGUCGGUAUCCAGAAGACGAUGCUGAACAUCGGCAACAAGAACGAUCUCAUGUCCGGAAUAGAGCUACACCACUUCGACCCUACGAUCCAGGACGCUAUGAAAGUUACCAGGUAA